AGUCAAGAAUUCAGAUCUCCAGUCAUUUACAAUACAGUGAAUCCAAAGUGGAAUUACAUCUGCGAAGCAGUGGUCCAUCACUUACACGACCAGAACGUGGAGAUAGAAGUGAUGGAUGAGGACCAGGGAAGCAAAGAUGACUUCUUGGGCCGAACCUAUCUCUCACUCAAAACAAUCUCAAUGGAAGGGAUGGGCGAAUCGUGGCUUCGGUUAAAAGACAUAACAACGGGUGCCAUACAUCUGAGAACCACAUGGUUUUCAUUAUCGGAUUCCAUGCAAACUCUCAAUGAGUCCAUAGAAGAAAGCAAAGCAAUCAAAACCAAAUACCCAUCUCAUGAUAGCGCCGAUAAAGUGGACGGUGAGGCGCAACCAAUUGGUUCAGUGGCCGCUAUAUUAGUCUAUUUAGACGGCGCACACAAUUUGGCGGUCAUCAGCAAAACGGCCGGAGAGCCCGACCCUUACUGUCUUAUAACGAUUGACAAACAAAAGAGACAAAGUAUUGUCCAAAGAAGUACUGCUAAUCCUAUUUGGGAGGAGUCGUUCACUUUUCUCGUCGAUAAUCUCAAUCAAGAGUUAGAAAUCACUUUCGAUAUAAUCGAUAGCAAAACAAAUAGAGAUUUAGGCACAGCUAAGGCGAAACUCCAACAUAUAAUUUCGUGCGACAACUUAUCAUUCAGUCAACCGCUUCCCAUUAAGGGCAGGGGAUCUAACUCUGAGCUCAACGUCAAUAUAAUCAUUAGAAUAUUGAAAUCUCAAAAACCCGAACAAAUGCCAUCAGUUGUGGUCGAAGACACUAUUGAAGAAAGUGAAGAAUCAAGAGUUCCUACUCUGGAGGAUAUGAUCAAAGGGACAGUUCAGCCAAUCAUCGAUACGAGCGGUGCUUUGAAAGGAAAUUUCAUGGAAAAAUCACAAACCGAUAGAAAGCAUAAUCACGUAAAGACUAAUGGUUUCCAAUUGGAUCCUAAAUGGAGAGGAAUAGAGAUAGUGAUCUAUUCGCGGACCACUUCUACCAAUCUGUUUAAGAAAAAGUCCAAAAUCAUAGGAAUAACGAACAUUGAAUUGACUCAAACAUUUGCAGACAAUUUUCAAGCCAUGAGAGAAUGGUAUGAUUUGGAACAACUCAAAGACUAAGUGCCUUCAAAGAUGCCUUUCAAAAGAAAUCUCACAAUGCCUUCAAGUAUAGCACAAAUUAACUUCAUUUAACUCUAUAACGCCUCAGUCAUGGAUCUACUGAGUGUUAAAACGAACAUUCAUUUGAUACAAAUCUUAUCAAUGAUAUGGUUUACAAAAAGAGCAAAACUAUUAUAA